GGGAGACGCACACAUAGAGAGACACACUUAGGGAAGAACACACAAGGAUUAACAAAGAAGACGCUUGAAACGAGGUGAGUGACACUUUUAAGUUUUAUCGUUCAAAACACAAUCUAGCUUCAGACCAAAACAUAAACAGCUGUUUAUGAGGAACAACAUUAAAAAAGUUAGAGGAAACUUUACUCAACAACUCUUCCCAUCAUCUGUCUGUAAAAGAAAAAUCACAACAAAGUCCAAAUGUGUGCCUGAGCUGGUCUCCAGUCUGAUUUGUUUGCUGUUUGUUGUCUCAGUAUCAGCUGACCUCACAUUUCCGUCAUGGCAGCAGCCAGCUUUGCUGAAUCUGCAGCAACAGCUCUGUCUUUUGAGGAUUACUCUCUCUACAGUAACCUGAAUGAUGAUGAACUGCUACAGCUCGCCAUCGAGCGAAGUCUGACUGACACCAGUGCUGCCAGCACUGGCAUAGCCACCAGCACCAGCACCUCUGUGAACUCUAGUGUGAAUGCCCACAACAAUGCCAACUCCACCACCACAGCCACUGCUGUUUCCACAGCCAACACAACAAGGCCUCAUCAGCGACCAGCUGCUAGCAUCAGCAGGCCCCAAACAAGCUCCCACAAUCCACCUGAGGCUCAAAGUGGUGCACACUACAGCUCUCCAAACCCUCCAAGUGAAAAACCUCCUGACCCGUAUGUAAACCCUGAGUUUGAAAUUUAAAACUGCUAUGACUAUCUAUUGAAUGUUUGGUCAUUUUUCUGUGCUUUGCAUGGUGAUGGAGUACGUUUUACUGCUAGGAUCAUUGUGUCACUUCCUGUGCUUUGACAGAAUACUAGGUCACUGUCUUCUUUGAGUGGCUUCCAGGUUACUCUAUGUCCAUAUCUGUGCUAUAAUUGGAAGCUAUGCCACUGUUUAUACUUUGACAGAAUACUAGGUCACCUCUUGUGCUCUGGUUGCCCUCUGUGUCACCCUGUGUGCUUUGAUUGGCUUCUCAAUCUCUUCUUGUACUGAUUCUGUGCUCUCUGUUAGGCUAUCAGCACCCUGUGGUUUGCGGUUUUUGAAUUACUCAUCCAGAAGCCAAUGAUAGAGGAGCUUAUCCCAUCAUCUCGUCUGUGAUUGGCUGCUGUUUGAUCUCUGCACUCUAAUUUGCCUUCCUCGGUUUUUGCUCUGACAGGAAGACUUUUGAUGGAUAUAUCAGUCACUUCAUGACGGGAUCAGGAAAGAGGAUGGUGGCAUACCGCAAAACUGAUGGCACUUUGGUCCACAUAGGUCCAGAGCCUGAGGAGUGAGUAAAGUUUUGGCAAACAUGCUUUACUUCAAAUCAGCUGUUUUACAAGUUUUACCCAUAUCCUGUGAAACAGCUGAGACAAGUCACAUAGGUUAAAAAAGAGGGGCACAGGUGACUAAAAGGUACACUUACUACAGGGAGGAGGAGCCUUUGUUUAAAGCGAUACGCAUUGGUGAUGCUCCACGAGUGAAGGUGUUGGUAAUGGGUCCAGGAACAAACCUGAUGCUUCCAAGUAAACCUGGCUGGCUUGCCAUUCACCAAGCUGCAUGGUUCGGCCAGGACACCUGUUUGAAAGUGCUGCUGUCAGGUACACACAAACACACACAUACACAAACACACAUGCAAAAAUGGCUGCAGAAUUUUAAGACCACCACUGUGUGUGAUUUCAGCCCAGCCCGGGAUGAUCAACAAGAGAGCAGCUCGGGGUGAGACAGCACUGCUGGUUGCUGUUGGCAAAAAUCAUGUGCCAUGUGUUCAGAUUCUCCUGGAAUAUGGCGCAGAUGUGGACAUCCCGAACUAUGACAGAGAAACUCCUCUUUACAAAGGUAAGACUCUGGAGAAAUGAUGUCAGCUGGUGGCACAAAUAUGUCAGGAUAAGAGCAGAUGAUACCUCAGUUUAUGUACAGGCAGAUAAGUUCGGAUGCCAACAGAAUUCUGGGGUCUUUAUCUACCCUGGGUCUGGUUCUGGGACCAGCUGAUGUCCAACUGUGUCACAACUGUCAGUUGAUCUUUUGUAGUAGAAGCUAGCACCUGCUGGUAGAGCUGGUUCGGGCUGGUACCAAUUAUUCCCAGGUAAUGACAGCUGGUUCUGGCUAGUACUGGCUUCUUCUAGCUGGUUUGGACUGUGGUCAGCUGGUUUCUGGCUGAUGUCUGCUGAUUCUGACUAUAGUUAGCUGGUUUCACCUUGUUCUGACUGGUUCUGACCAGUGUCAGCUGGCUUUAGCUGGUUAUUGUUUGCAGGUGUUGGCUGUAGGCAGCUCGUGCUUGUCUGAUGUCAGCUGGUGUUGUCCUGUGUUAGCUGGUGCCAGAUAGUUCUUGCAAAUGUUUGCUGAUGUCAGAAGGUCUUCGGCGGCAUCAGCCUGGUCUUGCUGGCUUAUGGCAGCCAAAGAAUCAACCAGUUCGUUGAAAAUGAAAAAAUAAAAAGUCAUAUACACAAAGAGGAAAAGAAGUCAUUGAAGUUAGUUUCUUUGCCUGUCACUAAACUCUGCUAUCUUCUCUUUAUCUGCAGCCUGUGAAAGGAACAGUGCUGAGACAGUUGCGGCUUUGUUGAACUAUGGUGCCGCAGUGAAUAGUCAAUGCAUUCAAGGAUGGACCGCCUUGCAGGAGGCCGUGUGUCGGAACAACGUGGAGAUCUGUGAGAUGUUACUCAAGGCUGGAGCCAAACUCAGCGUGGCAAACACAUAUGGCAUCACACCGCUUUUCACUGCUGCUCAAAGUGGGCAGGUUGCUACACUGCGCUUUUUGCUCAAACAUGGUAUGUUAUACUUCCAUACUGUGGUUUUAGUUCAUGAACUGUCAAAAAUGUGUGAAUAUCUUUUAGUAGUAAACCUGUUCAGACUUCAGUAACCAUCGAUAUAAUAUAAAGACUUCUAUUCUACCCAGUGUUUUUGUUACGGGAGUGUAAUCACCCGAGAUAAUGGAGUUGUGGGGUCACACACAUCACUGCCCUUUGUAAUUUGAAGCGGCUACUGUGCUGCCAGCUUCACCAUCAUGCCACCCCCCACCCAUGUGUCUGUUGGUUUAAAUCUGGCCCUGAUACCUGUUAUACUACACCUUCCGUCACAUGACAGUUUUGUAAACACCAGAACAGCUGCAGGGGUCCCAUGCCCCCUAUUCUCCUCAAGGGUGAUAAAAAUGUACCUGAGAGAAAAAGAUUGACCCUAGUUUAAGGGUUUUUUUCAACCUUAACCCUUCCUUUCUCCCUACAGGGGCAGACAUUAACUGUCAAGCUCCUGAUGGUGCCACUGCUUUGUAUGAAGCUGCCAAAAAUGGACACGAGGAGAUAGUGCAGUUUCUUCUCUCUCAGAAUGCUGAUGCUAACAAAUCUGGAAAGAGAGGAUUUUUACCUUUACACAUAGCUGCCCAGCGAGGCAGUGAAAGGUAGGCACACAGCUGUUGUCUAUAAUGUUGGUUUUUGUUUUUAUCAUUCCUGCCAUCCUAUAGCCAAGAAUCUGCUGAGUCUGGUCUAACUUAUGUAAUUUUUUCUGUUUCCAGCAUUGUCCGCAUGUUGAUCAAGGCCACUAGUAAGGCCAGGGUCCGGAGAGCUGGCAUCAGCCCGCUCCACCUUGCAGCUGAGCGAAACCGUGAUGAAGUCCUGGAGAUUCUGAUCGAGGAUGGUUUCGAUGUUAACGCUCAGCUGUCAGAAGAGCGGAUGAGGCUCUACGAGGACCGCCGCAGCACAGCGCUCUACUUCGCUGUCAUCAACAACAACAUUGACGCUGUGGAAAUGCUUCUGGAAGCCGGUGCCAGCCCAAACCUGGAUGUGUUCAGGCCCCAGAUGGUGGCAGCGAGGAUGGGAUGCAUUGAGAUCCUCACCCUGCUGGUAGAACACGGCGCUGAUGUCAAUGCCUCCAUCCCCACACACCCAACCACCUUUCCUGCUAUCUACAUGUUCUCCAUGAAAUACCUGUCCAUGUUUAAGUACCUUCUGGACAAUGGAGGACAUGCCCUGCCAUGCUUUGACUGUAUCUAUGGUAACAAACCUCAUCCGCCAAUCAAAACCACUCGAUCACACAGGGAGGGGCUUAUUGACUUUGAUGGAACUAUGCAACAGCCACAACAGAAUAGAGGUGUUCAGGUGAGUUGAUGAAUUUUACUGUUUUAACAGAAUUUCCAGGGACUCUGGCAGCGUUCAACAAAUUCUGAGAUCUUCUUGUGUUCAUAAGACGUGGGACUGAAAAUGAGUUCUAAUGUUGAUUCACAGUUCUGCGAGAUGAUCUCAGCCCCCAGUAUUUGUCGGUGGGCAGGGCCAAUCAUUGAUGUGCUUCUAGACUAUGUCGGUCAUGUGACUCUUUGCUCCAGACUGAUGGAACACCUGGACAGUUACCCUGCCUGGAGUGUCAUCAAGGAUAAAGCAGGUAAAUCAACGAGUGUUUACAGAAUAUGUCAAUCCAGUGGUCUUCCACCAGAAAAAUAUUGAAAUAACCACUUUGGUCAGGAUCUUGAGGUGGAUGUGAUGUUGGUCUGGAGCCAGUGGAGGUAUUGAAGGAUGUGUGAUGUGGUUUCCGGAGUGGGUGGGCGCAAAUGGGUGACAUUGCCCCUGCUGUAUCCAUUUUUUAUACAGACUGUGGUCAGUAAAGCAGUCUGUGAGGGUGGAGAGAACAGCUGUGGUGAUGUAUGACCAUACCCUGUUGACGAUGCAGUAAAUUCGUAGUCUAUGGUGUUGGGGAGCAUUUACAGAGUGGACACAAGGAGACCAAGCACCAACCUAGGAGAGCACCAUAUUCUGUCAAGCAGAAACCGUGUCUCUCAAUACUUUCUCAUUUUACUUUAUAAGGUUUUGGAGAUACAAGGUGGGAUACUAAGUGUGACUGAUCUGUCUUGAAGUUUUGAAGUGCUAUUCUAUUGUCUUAUUAAUAUGUGUUUGCCCUGAUUUUCUUGGUCAUUUUGCAGCACCUCCAAGACCGUUGAUGCAGCUCUGUCGGCUUCAAAUCCGGAAGUUGGUUGGCCGCCGUUGUUUGAAGAAGUUGCCCCUUCCUGGAUCUCUGAUUCGUUUCUUGAAACAUGUGGAGGACUCACCUGAGGACUUCUCAUUUUAAUAGGACUUUUUUAGAGUUGUGAGGUUAAUUAAAGGAGGCUGUUGAUGUGUUUUUAAUCAUGCUUUUUUAAAAUCACUUUUAGCUGUUGCACGCUUUUAUUUUGAAACUUAGAAUGUGAAUCUUUGUCUUGGAGUCUGGUUUGCACAAACUUCCAUAUCAGAUAUUAAGAUAACUGAACAAACUCUUGUUUUUAAAUGCUGAGUUAGGAUUUUUUCAAAAUAAAAUGUCUUAUAUAUGAUGUUAUUUAUACUCUUUGUAUGUGUGCACAUCUUUGCUUUUUAACUUGAAUUGUAUUCAUGGGAUACCUUUGUGUUCAUUUCAGAGCUUCAGGUUUUUUAAGCUGUUUUUGACUACGUUCAGGGAAAUGUAAUGAAAAAACCUUAGAAUCCAUCACCACAAAAAAACUCAAAACUUAUCCUGUAACCCAAAAACAAACUGUCUAAAACUCCCAUUACUAACACUGACCCGUCUAUAACCAACCAACAAAAACUCAUCUAUAACAGAUUCAUCGAUGAUUGACUUAUCUAUAACCCAACUUUAACCAAAACAUUCAAAACUAACCCAUCUUUAACAAAUGACCUGUCAAUGACAACACAUCUACAUCCAACCCAAUAUAAUGUACUCAUCUAAAACAAGCCCAUGGAUAACUAACCCUUUGAUAUCUAUCCAGUCUCUAACUAAUGAUUUAUAAAUAACUCAUAAUAACUAUACAUUUUUUAUUGCUAACCAACUCGUCACUUCCUGGCAUAUCUGAGAGCAGCCCAUUUAUAACUAACCUAUGCAUACCAAACCUUAACCAACAUGUACAAACAAUUUAAAGGCAAUCAGUCUUCAAACUAACUGUAACCAAUUGUAAACCACAAACUAGCUGAUUGUCAGCCUAUUUAAAACUGACCACUCCUUCGUUCAUCAGAUUAAUAAGUCACCCAUCCAUAAUCAAUCUAUAUCCCAUCUCCAACCACCAAUCUAACCAAUUGAUAUGCCUUUCAUAACCAACCCAUCUGUAACCAAACAAUCUGUACCUAUCAACUUAUCUUUGUCACAGCCAUAUACAACCAACCUAUGUGUAACCAGCCCAUCUACAAUCAACUUUAUUGUUACAAGCCCAUCAAUAUCUAAAAGUAUUAACAACCAACCAAUUGAUAAACUAUCUGUAACCAUUCCUUCUACACACUAUCAUUAACUUACAGUUGCUAGCAAACCAGUUUCACCAAACUGUUCAUAACCAACCAAUCUUCAGCAUCUAAAGCCAAAAGAUGUAUACAUCAGUAUGUUAAAAUCAUAAAUAAA